UUCCUUGCUGCUGCCUGCCUGCCAGCCACCCCUUGGCUGCGCCUCCCCUGAGACUGGGGGGGGGGGGUGUCUGGAGUGCCCCUCCCCCCGUCUGCAGCGAGGGGUCACUCACAGCAGCGCUGGAAAGCACACACCCCCCGGCCCCCCCAGGCCCCUCCCGAGCAGGCGCCCCUCCGGUACGCACCCGGGGGCGGGCGAGGCGCGCUAGCAGGCCACGGAGAGGAAGCUGCUGCUGCUGCUGCGCGCUACGCCAGGCGAGCCCCUCCAGCAGAGACGUGCCAGCAGCGGCGGAGGUGAAGCAGCUGGGCCCGCACCAGCAGCAGCAGCAGCAGCGCCAAGUUCGCAGGACCCUGCUGCUGCCUGCCCGGGUUCCUCCGCCUCCGCCGCUGCCUGCCCAAGUCCCGCCGCGCUCCCGGAUUGGCUCAACAAGCCGCAGCUGCGCGGCGCCUGCUUCUUCCGGGUCUGCCGGGAGCCGCUUCCAGCCGCGUCACUCUCGCCCGGGCCGAGGGGAGCCGCCGGCGGGACGGCAGCAGCAGCAGCAGCAGCCGGCGCCCCCCGCCCCCCGCCACCGACCCCCGCGCUGGGCUGCGCCGUGCACCGCUGCGGAGGCCCGCCUCGUCUCCGCGCCGCCUCCCGCCAUGGCCUCCUACUUCGAGGAGCACGACUGCGAGCCGGGAUCCGGGCCCCCCUCGGAGGAGCGGCUGGGCAGGGCCCUGCUGGAGCUGGCCCGGUCCCUUUUCAACGGCCUGGAGAUCGACUUGGGCUCCCUCGACAGCGGGGGCUGGGAACAGCGGCUGCCCCCGCCAGCUGCCAGGCGGGCUGUCGAGAGCCUCCCGGCCGUGCCGGUCACCCCACAACAGGCCGAUAAAGGCUUGAAGUGUCCCGUGUGCCUGCUGGAGUUCGAGGAGGCCGAGGUGGUCCGCAAGAUGCCCUGCCAGCACCUGUUCCACACCGGCUGCAUCCUCCCCUGGCUUGGAAAGACCAACUCCUGCCCCCUCUGCCGCCAUGAGCUGCCCACGGACGACGAGACCUACGAAGAGUACAAGAAGGAGAAGGACCGGAGGCAGCAGCAGGCGCACAGGCUGGAGUAUCUCCACGGGGCGAUGUACACGUGACGCCUCCCGCUCCUCCUCCUCCUCCUCCUCCUUCUCCAGCGCAGCAGCCGCCCUCUGCCGGGUGUCCGUCCUAGCCUCUUCCGCAAGUGCCAGGGCCCAAGACGGAGAGGGGCAGCAGGCCGCAAGCAUCCCUCCUCUCGGCCUCCCUGCCAACGGGCUUGUGCAACUCCAAAAUAAACAUCCCCAGACUUC